AAUUAAUUGGGUAUACACUUGUUUUAAUUCUAAAAUCAUCUUCUUUUUUGCCUAUUACUCUUUAAUUAAUUAAACCAUGAAAGAUAUGUUCUACGGCACCAUUCUGCAAAGCGAGGCGCUCGCUAAGUACCUGUUGGAAACAAGUGCGUAUCCCAGAGAGCAUCAACAGCUAAAAGAACUCAGGAAUGCUACAGUGGACAAAUACAAAUAUUGGAGCCUUAUGAAUGUGCCCGCUGAUGAGGGGCAAUUCAUUUCUAUGCUUUUGAAAAUAAUGAACGCCAAGAAAACAAUUGAGGUGGGAGUUUUUACUGGCUACUCGCUUCUCUCCACUGCUCUUGCUUUACCUGAUGAUGGCAAGAUAAUAGCGAUUGAUCCAGACAAGGAAGCAUAUGAGACGGGAUUGCCAUUUAUUGACAAGGCAAACGUGGGUCACAAAAUACAUUACAUCCAAUCCCAUGCCUCCAAGGUCAUGAAGGAUUUGUUGGAAAAGGGAGAAGAAGGUAGUUUUGAUUUUGCAUUUGUGGAUGCUGAUAAGGAAAAUUACAUAAACUACCACGAGGAGCUGUUGAAGUUGGUGAAAGUGGGUGGAAUAAUAGCCUACGACAACACACUGUGGUCGGGCACAGUGGCGGCAUCUGAGGAAGAUGAGAAGGAAAUGACGGAGGGUUACUUGAAAGCCUGCAGACGACAUAUCAUCAAACUCAACUCCUUCCUUGCAAACGACCCUCGCAUCGACUUAGCUCAUCUUUCCAUUGGCGAUGGACUCACUUUGUGCAAGCGUCUCAACUGAUCAUUUUUCAUUAAUUAAUUCACAUAUUUGUAUUUGUACUUGCAUGCAUUCAAUAACAUGCUAGCUAUAAAUGCGGCCAAAUUAAUGUUUUGUGCCAUACUAUGUAUUAAUCAAUUAACUAAUUGCGCACUCUUGUUUGUUGUUCCCUAUACCUAGCUAUAAUUAUAUUGUCCUUUNUUU